AUGGCACAGCAAGGCCACUCUCGCUACUUCAACGGUAGCUCAGGCGCAGCGCAGUCAAGGUCAUUCGCUGGCCAGGGCGUAAGCUCUCCUGCACAGCCAUCAGCACGAGACAGCGACCCGUACGAGCAGAGCAGGGCCAUGAGCAGCUACAACAGAUCGGGAUCGCCCCAGUCUGCUGGCAAUGCCUCACGUCUGACCGGCGGCUACUCCCAGCAAGCCAAUCCGAGUGCACAGCAGGCCAGAAAUCCGUACGAGACCGGCCAGCCAGGCCAGAGACAGUCGUACUUGUCUCAGCAACCACUACAGCAGCCACAACAGUCCGCUCAGACAAGACGCCAGAGCUAUAUCACGCCGGGCACAGUCGGGCAGGAGCCAGACGAGGAUGUGGAGCCUGACAGACGGCGACGGUCUCACUCUCAGCGGCCUGAAGAGGCAGACGAGCCUACCAUCGGAGGAGCAGGGUCCGAAGCAGAAGAUGAGUUCUGCAACUCCUUCUGGGACGACAAAGGCUUCGAGACCGUCCUCGCCCGUAACAAGUCGGGAACGCGUGCGCUCGAUGAUCUCGCGCGCUUCUACAAAGAAAGAGCGAGCAUCGAAGAAGACUACUCAAAGCGUCUCACAAAGCUAGCACGCUUCACUCUUGGCAGGGACGAGGUCGCUCAAACAAAGGCCGCUAACGACCGGGUUCGCUACGAGAUGGACGCCUCGGCUCGAGUACAUGGCGAGCUCGCUAGAUGGAUCAGGAGCUCGCUCGAGAGCAAAGUGCGCGAAUUUGAUGCUAUUCGGGAGCAAAAGCGCAAAAAUCCCCAGAGCUCCAUUGAACGUGCUUACAAAGCAAAACGAUCGCACGAAGACUAUGUUGCACACGCGAAGGAGAAGUACAAGAAGGAUUGCAUCGCCAUCAGCAGCUUGACAGCCCAGUCAAGUCUCAGUCGUCCCAAGGAUUACGACAAAGUUGCCACACGCCUCGAGAAGGCUCAGCAGACUGUUGCAGGCAACGAACGCGACUAUAAGACCUAUCUAGGCGCACUCAAAGAUACCUCUGCCAAAUGGAACGUUGAAUGGAAGGCCUUCUGCGACCUCACCCAGGACCUUGAAGAGGAGCGCCUCGACUUCAUACGCAACUCUAUCUGGGACUAUGCCAAUGGCGUCAGCUUGAUCUGUGUCAGUGACGACGAGUCGUGCGAGAACAUGCGCCAAUCGCUUGAGUCUUGUGAUACUGCUCGGGACAUCGCCGCCUUUGUGCAGCAGGCGAGAACGAGCAGUUCCGUCAUCGAUCCGCCCGAGUACGUAGACUAUGGACGUGGACAGUACGAUCCGCCCGCAUCAAGAAUGAGAAUUGCGCGCUUCCCUCGAUCGAGCGGCAAAUCACCUUUAGCCGCUAGCGAUGCGCUUGCGGUUUUGACAGAAGUCGUCAGACGUGGCGAUGAUGCCGCCAAGAUUGCUCCUCCGCCCACCGAUUCGGGCAGUCGACCGCCUUCUGGUCUAGACAACCCCAUUCGUACGCCCGACCUGGCAGGAGACGGGCCACGCACAAGCAGCUAUGCCGACAAGUCAAGGGCUGACACGCCCGGCGCCUCCCCUGUCCGCGAGGUUGCUACGAACCAAUUUGCUGCUGACGAUGUGGCUCGGCCUCCCUCGCGAGGCGCCAAUGUUGCUGCAAGCUCGAGUCAGACGAACCCUUUUGCCAAUCUAGUUAGACCACCUUCGCGAAAUGCGCAGACAGAGGUGAAGCCUAAUCGUUACAGUCAGCCAGUCGAUUCGUCAGCCAAGUGGGGUAAUGCCACGUUGAGUUCAGCUCAGCGAGAUUCCGUCCGAGCAGCUACGAAAGAUUCGACUUCGAGAUCUCGACGCAAUAGUGCAGCUUCCGCAGGUCCCCCUCUCGAAUUUGCCGCUCGGGCACCAUCGCCAUCAAGCAAAGAGGAAGUGCUGGAAGAUCCCCUCGUAAAGGCCUUGGCAGACUUGCGCAGUCCCAGUGCUGGCACUGGCUUCAAGACCUCUACUGCCAGCCGGAAUUCAAUAUACGCGCCUUCCGGCAGCGUUGCGGGCGGAACAGUGCGCAGACCGCUGUCCCGCGGCCCGGGAUCAAUCAGCAAUUCGCCUGCCCAGUCUACGCAAGCACAAAUGCAAGCUCAGGCUCGGCAGUCUUACGGUGCCCCGGCUAGUAUGUCUGCACGAGACGAAGCACCUUUGUCUGGGCCCGUUGCAGCUAUGAUGUACCGACCCGAAUCGCCAGCAAAAGGCGUCAGCGCAGAGGUGCUCGGCUCUUACGGGCAAUCGCUGCCCGGCGAGCAUCGCGAGAGGCGCAUGUCGAAUGCUUCACGACCGGGCUCUCGCAUGUCCGAUCGGAAUUACGGCAGCGAUAUGGGUCACGAGGGCAGACGGUCUCAGGUCGGCUACGCUCAGCCCGGCCAGAUCUUCCACCACUCGCAGCCCUCACAGGGAAGCUCGGUCGGCUUUGCCGGAGUGGGCACGGUCUCUAAUCAGUAUGGCCAAUCGCCGGUGCAGCAUCCUCAAGCUUCGCCUGGGCGGAACCAAGCUCAAGCACGUCAAGGUCAAUACGUCGGACCGCCGCCUGGCGCAUACGGCGGCUCGCCGCAGCAGCCGGAGAUGGUUACCCGACCUUCGCAAGGCUCGCAGAGUAGUCAUAGCUAUCAACGGCCGAUCAAGCAGGAAUCGCCCGGCCCAGCACCCGCAACUGCGUCGGCGCUCUACCCUCAGACACAAGCACAGCAGUACCAAGCGCAGUAUCAGGCGCAGCAAGAGGCCCAACGUCUUCAGCAGCAGCAGCAGCAGCAGCAGCAGCAGCAGCAGCAUCAUCAUCAGCAGCAGCAGCAGCAGUCUGUGCAGCGCAGACAAUCGACUUACAGCGACACUGCUACCCCGCGCGCGUCACAGCAGUUGCCGGGUGCGUACCAGAUUCAGCCACAAGCUGGCUAUGGGCAAGAUCGACCGAUGUCGUACUCGCAGCCUACGCGAGGUCCUCAAGUGGCUGCAGCCCAGGCUGGCUAUGCGCCUCAGACGUCCUAUUCCGGCCCCACACGUGUCAACGGAGCGCCGCAGCAGCCGCAGCAGCAAGCGUACACUCAGCCAGCUCCAGCGCAAGCACCUCAACCGAUGCAGGCUGCACCUCCCCAGAACAUGCCUGCUCCCACAGGACAAUACACCGAGACUGGUCAUCCUAUUCUCUUUCACGUGCAAGCGCUCUAUGACUAUGCUGCAACCAUCGAGGAAGAAUUCAGCUUCACACAGGGCGACGUCAUUGCAGUCUGGGCAACUUCCGACGACGGCUGGUGGAGCGGCGAGCUACUCGACGAAGACCGUCGGAGGAUCGGCGGGCCGCUGUUCCCUUCGAAUUUUGUCAGUCUCUUGUCGUAA